CAGCAGGGGGCCCCCCAAACAGUUUCGCCCGCCCCAACCAAACCAACAAAGUAACCAAUUUAAACCGAGACAGCAUGGACGCAUUUCAACCGUCCAUGCCGGGAGGAGUGUGUACGUAAUUUCGUAAUAUUCUGAGGUUUUUCAAUAAUUUCUGGAGUCAUGGUAAAUCAAAUCAUCAUACCGCAGUCAUGCUGACUCUGAUAGGCUAAUAAAGCUUGAUAAAGCGGAUUCAUGCGCGGAUCUUGCUACGUGCUUCGUGAGGAAAGUAAACAAUGAAGGAGGCAGAGAGCAGCUUCAUCGGAGAAACAUCAAGCACUGUGACAAGCUACUCAUUCAGGAAAUAGUAAGGUAACUUCCUUGCAAUGAGAGAGUAUUGGGUUCAAAUCCAGGCUAAUGGAGUAACCUUUGAGAAAUCAAAAUGAAAAGAUUUCAUGAUCUGUGGCUCUGCAACACAUGUUUAAACAACAGCAACAAAACUGGUGAAAUGAGAAAGAAAGGAGGGGAAAUAAAGAAGGAAAGUUGCAUCCACACCAGUAAUGAAUAAAAUGAUUAACUUGAUUGAAUUGUGCUUAAUUGUAUGCCUAAAUUUGUGUGAUGCCAAGACCAAAAGUUCUAAUCUGAUACUGACUGUAGCUAAAGGUUAAGUCUUGGACCUAUCUGUUGAGAUUGUAAAAAGUUUUAAAACCCUUUUUGCCACACUCAAACUUCACCACAUGAAACACAAAAAAUUCCCUUGGACAAUGUAAAUAAAAAAUAUGAAUAAAAUAAAUAUUUAAUGGGCUAUCUUAAAAAUGAUUCUAUAUUGAGAUUUUUUUUUCUAAAUCUAUAAAUGUCGCAAAUGUGACAAAAAAAUCAACUUUUCAGAUUAUCCUCUUUGGAUCAAACCUGUGAGGAAAACCUGUGACGUGAUGACAAUGCACUAAGGUAUACAGUAUCGUUAAAUGAACACCAACCGUAUCAAUAAUUCAAACAAGUCCUAAAGAGAACAAGGGCUUUUUUCAUUCAUGAACAAAAGCGUUAACAAAAGGAAAGCUCAGAGCAGUCUAGCAUUUUGAAACAUGCAUAAGAGAGGCUAAUUAUGUCUGCAUAUCUUGUCAAUCAAAACAAUGAAGCCUAUAAAAUGUAGGCCAGCCUCUUCAUGUGGUAGUAAAGUGUGUUGUCUUAGUGUAACACAAGCUUUUGUCAGUCACCAACCUGCCUGUCAGCUUGUGCAGAUAAGUCACCAUAGCAAAAGUCAUGAUUCAGAUCUGAUCUACAACAGCUGUUGAGGUUUAAUAUAGAACCUUUGUUAUGAAAAACACACAAAAACAAUAAACCACACCAUAAACAACACAUAAAACAGAGCUGAUGAGUUAGUAGAUAAUCAAUGGGUAAUCAAUACAGAAUAAUUAUGUUUUUAAAUUCUACUUUCUGCAUGACGCUCACGUUGUAGUAGGUUUGUUCUGUCAUUUUUAAUAUGGUUAUAAAUCUGAUAUAGAUGACGAGUGACCACUAAAACUGAACACUAAAGAAGACUUUCUGGAGCGUUACACCUUGCAUGUUGAUCAAACACACAAUAAGGCCUGAUGAAUUAAAAAAGGAAGUAAAGUAGAAUAAAAUAAAAUAAAAAGGUGAAACUGAAAUGGCUUUUCACAGUUUCUCUAUUGGAGGGGCAUAUGGAGUGCACUAGUCCAAAUUGAUUUAAUUGAAAGGGCAUACAGAGGGAAUAUUUUAUAAUUUAUCCACAAUAAGGGAAACCCGGGGGCACUCUUUAUGUUUUGGGUACUUGACAGCCAUCUAGUGGGCAUUUUUUUGUUAUAAUUCCGAUUACGCAUUUUUUAAUUGAAAGGGCACCAGAGAGGGCACUUACGUUUUAUAUACUGAAAGUUUUUGACGUAUUUUCCCUGGGAAGGAUACCAAGGUGAGCAUUUUGUGAUGGUGUAUUUUCUAAAGAAGUGUCUAAGAGGGUAUUUCUGUGACAUUUUUCAGACAUGAGGGCACCAUCAAAGUUCAAAACUGAUUUUCCUGUCCAUAUAUCAGUUAGUAUUGGUGUGAGGCUGUUGUUUGGCCUGCCCAGUUUAUCGUCCUGACAGAACCUGCUGGAUAACAUCAGGAAAGCAUUCAGGGUUUUCUUAAGAGCACCAGAAUGUCACUCUCCUGCACUCUGUCAGAGAAACAAAUGGGUAACAUCACUGAGGCUACAUCCAUGUUUUAUAGAGUCUAUGGUCGAAAGGACAGAGAAACUUGACCUGGUUUUAAGAUAAUGUAUUUUUCUUUGUCCUCCUGAAAAUUAUAUCUAAAUAUUUAUAGGCUACACCAAAUUCUUCCAGGGGAGUUUUCUGAUUACAUUUCAUCUGAAUACUUUUGGGGAAAGUUCUGUCUCGAGGUAUUCUGACGAUUCAGCGAAAUACUCUGAUAACAUUUAAACUGAUAAAUCUGGGAAAAGUAAUCAGAUUACAUAUGAUCUGGUUACUAGCUAAUCUGGUGAUGUUAUCUGAUUACUUGUAGUAGAAUAAUCCGAACAUACAUUAUUUGAUUACUCUGGAAAAAAUUAUUUUAUAACAUUUCAUCUGAGUCUUAAAAAAACAAAAUUUGAUUACUUGUAAUCUCAGGACUUUGAUAAAGAAAUCUGAUAGCAUAGAUUAGAGUAUCUUGGAAAUUACACAGAAUCCUAUCACAUAGAGGAAAAUUACUCUGAAUACAUGUAAUCUGAACAGGACAGUGUUAUAGAUUUAGACUUUAUAGAUAUAGUUCUUUCUCCACACCUCCCUGUACAUAUGUUUGUGUGAAAUAUUUUGUGUGUGAAUUCAAUUAGAUUAUAACAUUUCAGAUAUUGUCGACAAACACCAUGCAGUUUCUCUUGCUUUUCAGAGUUAUACAAAGUUUUAGUCCUUUAUAGCUUCAAAUAGGUCAUAAAGGCAUAGAGUGUUACAGUAAUUCAGCUGUGUUGGCAGGGUCCAGUGUUAUAUCUUCUCAGGAGGCCCAGGAUUCCUGAUGGCACAAAAACAAUGUGCUGGAGGCUUCUCUAUGUUAUGUAUUAGGUAUAUUUAGAAAACUUCAGCAUUAUAUCCACAAACCUAUUUUUGUUGAUUCGGAGAAGGAUAUUGUUGACUUAACUCUGAAAACUUGCUCUAAACCGACACCUCACCUUAACCCUUCCCCUCAACAUAAUCCUUAAACUUAGUAUGAAUAUUAUGACUUAUUUAAUAGAGUAUAUAUUUACACAACAGGCAUUACAAGUGGCCAACAUGCUCAUAUACAUAUCCACACACAUGCAGUUAGAGAGCUACAUGAGAUAAGAAAUAUAGAAAACCAAAAUGAACUGCUUUGGCUCAGCCAGCUGUUUCAUUGUCCCCUGCAGCCUCUAUCUGUUUCUCUUUCUUGCUUGUCCUCUGAAACAAUCUGCAUAGUGUGGCUGAAAGAACGGAGGUGUUGUUUGGGUUGAAUAGAGGAAAAGCAGAGGGGUGGAGGGGUGGAGAGGGAGAUGCUCCAGCUGUGGGGGAACAAGACAACACAACAGCAUCUCACAUGUGGGUGAGGGGGUGGUGGAUGGGGGGGGUAGGAUGGGCGUCAAGGCUGGGGGGGCUGCACACAGUGGCAUUGUUAUAAGGGGGGGUGGGUUGCAGCUGAUAAGGUUUAGAGAAAUGGAUCAUUCCCUCAAAUCCUCCCCUUAGGAAGCUUUGACACAAAACAUGCCUGUUACUGUACAGUCGUUAAAACUGGAGGAAUCGAACACAAGUCAUUAAAACACACAGAUAAAGUUCCCCGAAUGUUUAACGCUGCUGCAUCGAGGAAAAUCUUUGUAAAAUCUAUGAGAGAAUGAACUGAGGGACGUUAAAACUGAACUUGCCAGCACAUUGUGACAUUAUAUCGAAUGAGUUGAAAUGCAGAUAUCCUCAAGUAAUUUUGAUUGAAGUGUUUUUAUUAAAUUUAAGCAGUGUUCACUUCAUAUUUUAUUAACCCUGAAAAGUCAGAAAGCUUACAUUUUUCACAAAUACACCAUUUCUCUUCGAUAGACAAAGGCCUAAAGAGUGAUAUGAGGUUUAAACAGAAAAGGGAAUCCUCUUUAGGGGUGGGAAUGUGGGCCGUAUAUCACAUACAGGAUAGAAAGGAGGGAAUGAGAGAUAAAUUUAACAAUGUUGAGCUUUUUCGAGAAAAAACACACACCAUUGGCUGAAGGGUGCAGCAUACAGUUUUAGUACAAGAACACAAUAUGAUCUGUCCUUUAUAGUGUAAAAAGUGGGUACAAUGUUCAUCACAUCUGUCUUUUGGCUUAAUGCAACUCAAAUUGCUUAAUUCAUCCUUUAACAAGCCCCAGUCCCAAAGAUUUAGAAUCUAUACAGACAUUGUGAAUAUUUUAAAGGGAUCUAAAACAAAACUAAAAGUUCCCAAAAGUAAUUUUUAAUCGGCUUGAGAGAGCCAGCAGAAAUCCACUGCUGAUGAUUGAAUAAGGAUUAAAAUGAUCAUCAGAAUAUCAUGAUGUUAAAGGACAUCGGUGAAAAUAAAGUAAAACGUAAACUUUAUGUCGAGUAAAUCAGAAAAAUGUGUCCUCGCAUCAACAGUUUUAGUGUCGUACAUCCCUCACCUGCAGCAGCUCCUCUCCUCCAACCCUCUGCUCACAUCCUGUCAGAGAGGCGAAGAGAGACGAGGAGGAACACCAGACGACUGGGAAGCAAAGUUAGCCAACUUUUACGCAUGUCUUAAAGCGCGGAAAGACUUAUAUUUCCCCGAGUAUUCUUCCGCUUUAAGACAGAGUAACAACUUCUUUUUUUUUUACCGAAAGUAAGCUAAAAAGCUUACAAUGAAUCUCGUGGAGGCUGGCGUGACGGCGCACCUGAAAGGAGAUUCGUCCACGCUGUCUCCGUUUGGAUACUUUUUGGCACCUUAAUCCAAAGUUAUAGCCCACAUUACGCAGCGUCAGCGGUGAGGGACGUCAAUCCAGUGUCAAGUUGUUAAACGGGAGUAUUAAGUCUCCGUUUGUUGAAAUGGAUUUAUGUUAAAGUAAACGUAGAAGAAAAAGUUCCUGAGGAGUAUCAUCAGGAUUCCGUGAUGCACAUGUGAAAGUUUCCCCGAUCCGAAUCACUUUUGUUCGGACAAGGGGAGACUUUCAUGGAUUUUUUAUGUGGGACCCGCUAGGAUGGACGUGGUAGAUGAAACAGAAGCGUUACAGAGGUUUUUUGAAGGUAAGACUUUUAUACAGUUCAUAAAUAAAACAAUGUGAAUGUUGUACAAGAUGUUAAUUCUUUUAAACCAUUUUGGCACGUCUUAUAGAUACAUUUCGGUUAGGAAAGCGAAACUAAAUGUGUUUAUAAAGUUUGGUCUAGUAUAGUUUAGCCUCAGUAUGACUGACUGUGAUGCACCACAUGUGACAGGUGGAGACCAUCACAUUAAAACAUCUCAGAGAACUUUUGAUAUUGGGUGAGUGUUUCCAAAAAGUCUUAAAGCGUACACCAAGUUUUUCCCAUUAUCUAAAAAACCCAAAGACAAAAACAAGUCCAAGGGGUUCACGGGCGUGGGGAGCAAAAGUGCUGCUGAUGGGUAACAGAUCAAGUUUAACGGGGACUUCUGAAAAAAAGAAAAAAAAAGUUGAGGUGGAGGAGGUUGGGGUUGAGGGUUGGAAGGCUGCAGGAAUUUAAGUCAAGAUAAAUGGUGUGUUUUGCAAGAGGGCAGGGGCACUUUGUGUGUUGGAGACAGCACUGUGAUUUUGACUGUGAAUUAGUGUGGUAUCAUCAUGGAAGACAACCACAAGCGGAACCAAAAUCAGCGCAUUAAAGCGAUAAUUCAACUACAGCUUCAAUAGAUGACAACGAUAUUUCAAGGUUUUUGUCUAUGAAGUAUGUAUACAAACAGUUUUUGUCAUCCCUAUACUGCAUACAUCUGAGUUGUGUAUUCACUUCUAGACCUACGUUUAAAUCUGGCACAAUUUGAGAAUAUAGACGCCACACAUGAUGGGUUUUCACUGAUUUACAGCAAAAGAAUUCUUUUUUUAAAGACCUUUUUAAUCAAUUUUUCUUGGAGUUGUCAACUGCACACAAAACACACACAGCUGCUAAUGUGUAUUGAGUCAUCAGUGGAAAGACUUCAUACUUGAUCAAAGUGUACACACACACACAGUGUUGACUUAAAUAUACACAGCCAUCAAUGACUGUCGAAGGCUCCUUGCCAUUCUGACAGGAAUUUAGUGUGUUUACAUUCUUGCUUGGGGAGUACUAGAGAUGUUCUUUCUUUGGCUUUAUUUCAGCCACUUUUGCUUGGACUAAAAUGUCAACUCUUCUGUGAGAGGUUUACAGUAGGUGCUGCCUGAAAUGUGUGUUUUCCUAUUGAGUCUGCUCAUAAAUCUCAUCAUAGUGAUAUCAUAAGUCCCCUUUCUUUUGUUUCACUCACUUAAAUGUUAAGGCAAUCAGCCCCCAUUAAGAACAAGAAAUAACACUGAAAGCCUUUAAUGAGUGUUUCUGUUCAGUUCAUCCUUUAUUUGAAAAGAACGCUCACACAGAAGCACUGACACUAAAAUAGCGCCUUAAUGGAUUUUGUCACUGGUAGUGUUUUAAUCGGAUUAGUGGAAUAUGUAUACAUCCAGACUAAUGCACAGUGUACAUUCCUGGCAUAGACGUGUCAGCCGUUAAAACACAAUGAGGUGAGACUGGUGUUUCUCUGAAGUAUUUGGUCUUCUCCUGCCUCUCCAUCUCUCUGACUCCAUUAGAGUGAGAGUGAGCAGACCGGGUGAGGAGGUGAGAUUGUGCAGACUCAGGGUGGAGAGACAAGGCUGUUGAGAGGAGACGGCCACCCCCCCCCCCCCCACACACACACACACACACACACACACACACACACACACACACACACACACACACACACACACACACACACACACACACACAAAACUUGACCUUCUCCUCUCAGAUUCACCCAACAACAAACAUUUAGUCUCACACCCAAACAGCCAUAUUGGAGCCUGUAAAGGAUCAUGACAACAUUUUUUCUUGAUGUUGUGUUGCUUCUUGUAAUAUCUUCUGAGUCACCUAACAGCUGGCAACUACAGCUCAUCUAUUUUUAAAGGAAAAAGAUGAGCUAAGUUUUUGUACAUUUCCAAACCUGGGUUAGUCAUUGCCCUCACUAACUGUGGCACAGCACUAUUUCCUUGAGAGAUACCUUUAAAUGUGUUGUUUUGUCCUACUAUCCAACAUUAAACCAACCCAACGACAUUAAAGUCAUAGGAAAAUUUCAACGUGAAGAAGCUGGAAAUGUACUUUUGGCAUUGUAGCCAGACAGUUGAUUUACUUUGAUAGAGUUGAAACCCCUUAAGUCUAAUGGUUGAUAAAUCGAGUAAGUUGAAUUUGAGAUCUGCUUAUCAGUUUCUCUCUCUUAGCUAAGCAUGUGAUCAUGAUAAUGUUGGCUAAUUUAGCAAGAAGAAAGAGACUGACACUUAUCAGGGUUGUUAGAUGCGUUAUGUUUGGUACAAGUUCACAAACACAGUUGACCUGAUGGUGGUACAAAGUAUCAGAAAAUACAUCACAAGACUGGCAUGGUUCAUUCUUGGUUGACUAUUAUUGGGUAUGGGUAAUUUUUGUUCAUUUGUGAUCUGGAAACCAAAUAAUGGUUAAUUUCUUUUUUGUUCCAAACCAGCCACAGGAUAAGAGUUUUCUGUCUAAAUCUAACCAAAAUCAAAGCUUCAUCUGACAGUUUUCUUUUCUACAUGCUGCCAAUGUGGCUGAAUACUCUUCAAUUGGAUUAGAUCCAUAUUAUGAGGAAGAUAUGUUUUAAUUUUAUCUGCCUGAAACUCAACCUCUUGGGUGAAGUAAUCACAUUCCUCUGUCAUACUGCCAUGAAGAACAAACAUCACUUUCCAUGUAACCAUAUCAAAAUUUGUAAUAAGUCCCCCCAGACUCCCCCUGUAGUUGUAAAUCACGGCUGUCAUCCAUCUUGGAAAAUCUGGGUGAAACAGGUUGGACGUUUCAUCUGAUUUACAGGUUUAGCCGUGAACUGCAGUUAGAGGAAUGUAUUGUUUUUGAGCAGCCAGGCUUACAGCUCUUACGAGUAGGUUUUAUUUUUCAUUGUUGUGCCUCACUCCCAUCAGCGCUGACUGCCAGCAGAAUAAUCCUCAGCGGGUGAAUGUUGUUUGUGGUUGAGAUGAAUUCACAUUUUUUUCUGAUCUUAUGUGUGUAAUGAUGAAAAGUAAAGCUGUUACGAAAGAGUCAAACGUAGAGUGCAGUACUGAGGCGUUAUGGCUUGGCUGUCUGUAUCGUGAGUUCCUUAUAAGCAUCAAAGAGAGGUGAUUAGAGAAGCUCUAUGUAAAAACAAAAAAACACUUUUAUGAGCAUGUUCUUGGUCAUGAUAUUUAAGAGCUCUUUAGGGAAACCACUGAUUCUGCCUCCUUAUUCUUCCAUGUUGUUCUAUUUUCCUUUUAUAAACCCUUCUGUCCUUGUCCUGCCUCUUUUACCAUCCUCUUCUUUCUCGUCCUCUCAGUUUCUCUUUCUCUCUCACCAUGUCUGUUGUUAAAACUCUUUUUCUAUCUCACUCUGUGUCCCAGACCCAGCCUUGUCACUCCUGUAAUCUCCUGAGCCAGGUCCACCGGUGCGGCCAGUGCUUGUAUGCGACAAGUUCUGUGUGUGGUAGCCUGGUACAGCCCUUUCUCAUGACUAGGGGAAUAAUCCUUAUUAUAACUCUCUCCCAGCCUUUCUCACACACACUAAUGCAAUAUGCACGCUAACACACACACCAUACACACACAUCACCCUCGUCUGGGACUCUCAGGUCUGCAGAAGAAAGUCUUUUAGCUCGUGUCGGGAAACAUGUAAAAAAUAGAGAGGAAUUUGCCUUCUCGUCUUCUGUUUCAGGUGCUUUCAUCUCAAGGACAUCAACAUGCUUUGGCUACGUGCAGGUACUCUGUCGCUCUGUCCACACUGCUCCUCUUUAGAUUUAUUGCUCCCUGUGAGGAUCCUUCAUCUCUUAAUUUAAGCCUGUGUUGUGGCGAUGCUUUGCAUUUUCUUUACUAGUGAUAAUCCUGUCUGUAGAAACAGUAGAACAUCUAUUAAACUCUUUCUACUUGUCAGAGCUGUUUAACACUUUAGAUGGAUGGAUAGAGAUUUUUUACGGCUGUGUGCGGUUGUGAUGUUAAAAUUCUGACACUGUGUCAGUGGGAACUUCUGAGAAAAGCAGAUGAAUGGAGAACAUCUACGAUUAAGGUUUAUUAUGAUUAAAAGUGAUCUCUAAAAGUGCUUGAAUUGAUGGAAUGAAUGGCACCCUGUUGAUCGUCAGUGAACACUAACUUGUUACGUAAAUAGUUAAACUUAAAUCUUUAUUGGGAAUCUAUUUGUAAUUAUUCAUUUACGUGUUUUAUUUGAAUUCAACAUAUCAGAAAUGUUUACUUUUCUAGGUAUAAUACAGUAUGUGUGCAUAUGUGUGCAAAUUUCAUUCUCUUACCGUCUGAUGGACUUAGUUUCUCGUCCAAAAGCGUUAAAUCAUAAACACAGACUCAUGUGUACAUACAAACCUGAGAUGGAAGAAAUUUGUUCCUUCACAUUUUUUUACGCUCCUCCAAAGUACGUGUUCACAGGGCCAUGGCUUCCACGAUAGAUCCAGCUCCUCGUAAUGAAGAAAAUUACAUUGUGUUCUUCUGUGUGAUUGAAAAAGGUGUCAAGAAAAGGAAAAGCUGUCCAUUGGAUUGACUGAUAUAAGUCAAACUAUGUUUAAUUGGCACUCACACACUCAGCUCUCUGUUUGUGUUCAUUUUAGAUUAUUACUCUGCUGACAAACCAGGCAUUGAAAUGGUGGUAUAACACACACACACACACAAACACGCACACACACACACACACACACACACGAGUAUGCUCACACAUACACACACACUCCCCUUUCAGGCCCUAAUCUCUGAAAAGACCAGUCUGUAUCGAAGUUGGACUGACAAUCAUUUCACUGUUCUUAGUUGAACACAGCUGGACAGAGACAAACAUUGAAGCGGAGAAAUGUACACAUCCAGUUCACAGCGAUUUACUGAUUUAAACUCAUUCAGUGAUUUGGAGUUUAAAGUCUCUCUAUGUAUCUGUUAUCUAAGGACAGUAAAGGACUGGGUUUCCAAUAACUCUUCUCUGAUCAGUAUAAGAAACAUUGAGGUCUUAGCUUUGUUGGGCUUUAACUUUUUUAACUAGGUCCCAUUAAGAGUCUGAUAGAUAAGUUUGUUGUUACUGUUUUUUUUUACUUUGCAGGUGGUUCAAAAAGUAGUGGCUAUGUGUAAAAAGUUACUCUGUUGCUAUGGGUUAUACAAAUAGGAAUUAGUGGUUAGCAUAUUAACUUAAAGGUUCACUUUUGAUAGAUUUCUUUUUAAUUUUCUUUUUACAUUUUCUCCAUUUAGCAGUUGGACAUAAACUCUCUUACAGUAGAUCAGUAAAAUAUUUUACAUAUCUUUUAAAGUACUGUUAAAUGUUGUGCAUGUAAAGUUAACUUAAUGUAUUUACAUUGGCAAAAAUCCUAAAUUACAAAUGCACCCUGAGACCCCAUGUGAUAGCCUUAUCAUUUCCAAGAAGACCUAUAGCUUUUUCUUGAAUAGUCAGAGAUUUAGUUUAUGCCUAUGGUUCAACUAAAGGUGGCACAUUUGUGAAAAAGUUGAAAAUAGAUUGAAAACAAUAACUUAUAGGACAAACAAUGAUUGGGUAAAACAUGGUUUUAAACGUGUUCUUCAUUUUCAACCCUGCUUGUUCUCUUGAAUACAAAAACCUCUAGACCACUCCAUUUUUCCAUUUCCAUUAUUGGACAUCAAACUUGUGUUUUUUUUUUUUUUUUUUAGCCUUCCCCCUUCCUCCUCACCUUCCAUCCAUCCACCCCUACCCUCUUUACUUUUUGUUAUCAGGCCUGCCAGCAUAAAUUUACUGCCUCUUUGGGUGGGGUGCACAUCUGGAACGUAUUUCAGGGGAACCAUCUUGCUUGUCUCCUCUCACACUGGCAUGUAUUAGGAGACGUAAUCCAUCUGUUUCUAUAUAACAGGGAAAGCCAAUCUGUGGAGAAAAAGCAAGUUUCAUGGUUAAAUCAGAAUUAAGGAUGUCAGACAACAGCAUGUAGUUUGUUUUUGAGUUGGCUCUGAAGACAAGCAGUUUGGUUUGUAUAUCUAGAGAUUGAGGUUAGGGAUGCUGAUGUUUACUCCUGACUUUGCCCUUUGGUCUCAGAAACAAGUUUUAUCUAUUAUAAGAUGCUAUGGACCUUUAAAUGGUUUUUAAUUGGACUCAGGGAAAAACUGUGACAAUAAGUGAUAUCACUCAUGGUUAUGUUACUCAUUAGUGAUAUUUCUUUGGGUUUUUGUUAAUGAGUAAAACAAGUAAAAGACCAAAAAGGGGGGAAAAGGAGAUUUUUUUUCCCAAUGGUAACACAAAAAUUCCUCGCAUUCCCGACUGAGUAGCUGCUUAAUCUAUCGGAGAAAAUGUGUGUGUGCUCGUUUGUAUAUGUGUGUGCUCAUGUGUGUAUAUGUGUGCGUGUGUGAAACAGAGAGAGAUAGACUGGGGUUGCCUGCCCACCCAUUCUAUACCAGGUCCUAACCCCCUGCCUCACCCCCUCUGUCCUGCUCCCUCAUUCUCUUUCAGAUUUUUGGACAACAACGCGCAGGUUCAAAGAUAAAAUUGUCACUUUUCCUCGUGUUACUCUUCUCUUUUGAUACUCCGUGUGCAAUAGGACGUCCUAGUUUAUAUAAAGUGAUUAACUCUUACUAAAUGUAUGCGUACUUGUUGGUGUUUUAAAGAUUAAGUGGGGUCAUGUGUUUGGGAUUUGUGAAGCUUUGGCUAUCAAAGGGUGAAAAUGACCCUGAGGUGAAGUAAAAGGAUCAUUAGGGAAUUAUGAAAUUACUGAAAUAAUUGACUGCAUCUUUAUAUAAAAUCAUAGGAGGCGUACUUUUAAUCUCAGAUAUCUUCAUGGAAAAGCUUGGUAACCUUAAAUUGGAAGGAUUUAAGUUAAAUGUGCAAAGACCCAGAGGGAGUGAAUCACCAGUAUGUGAUCUGUAAUGUCCAUUACUAACACAUAUUUAGACAGUUGGUCACUCAUGCAACCUUGUUUUGCGUGAGCGUUAAAAUAACAUUAUGUCAUUUUUUGAUGAUUUAUUUAUAUGAUUCGAUCAACUUCUUCUGAGUAUGUAGAAAAGCCUGAGCUGAGUUGAUCAUAUGCCAUUAGAUAAGUCUCCCGGGGAGUUGUUACAACAUAAGCUUGUGUUGGAAGUGGAGCUGUUGUGGCAGCAUGUGGAGUUGCUGAAAGAUUCCCUUUGCUAAUCCCCAGAUGCUCUCCAUCUCCCCCGUGUUCCCGACCCUCCCUUCUCCGCAGGUCAUGAUAUUACCAGCUCUCUGGAGCCAGCCAACAUCGACACCAGUAUCCUGGAAGAGUACAUCAGCAAGGAGGACGAUAGCACUGACAUGUCAGUAGGGACUCCAAAUCGACCCUCCACCGUCAAAACAACAUGCACCAAGCCAAUCAGAUCAUGUCGUUACAAAGGAAUUUGUUUUUUUCUGAUAAGACUAAUCCCUCUUUUUCUUCUUCUUCGUCUUCCUCUUCCUUCUUCCAGCUGUUUCUCAGAGGUCCACAGCACUCCAGGACCAAAUUAUUCAUCUCCCCAGGCAGGAGUGUCCUCAGCUGGGGGAUUGGUGUGUGGCGUGAGCCCCCCUAUCCCACUACGCCAAGGAGCCCCUCUGCCUGGGCCCCCUAACUGUCAGAACGCCUACCAACCGGGUCCAUCCCUGGGCCUCCGACACAGCUACCCCUGCUUGGGGCAGCAGCAGCAGCAGCAACAGCAACAACAACAGCAGGUUCACGUCAAGCCUGAGCACAGGGGCCACUACGCUCCAGGGUGAGCACAUAAUCUCAGAGAGUGAUGGAUAAAGGUGCAAGAAAAGAAAACAUACAUGCAUGAGUUAAAACCUAGUGAGGGAUACUGUGUAGUUAGUAGGUUGUGAUAGCAGAUUGUAACCCUGAGAGGGUUAACAGGACCACAACAGGACGUGAAGGGACCUUUUCCAUGUAUCAGUCCUUAAACCUCCUAUUCCAUACUGUUUCCAGCUGUUUACAUAAUGCUGCAUUUUCAACUUAGAAGUUUUCUCUGUUGUAAUAUUUCUUCAGCUGUUUUAGUCUCUGUCCUUGGUUCUCACCUGAACUCCUGUCUGCACUUUGAUGUGAAUUUUUGCUGUAAUCAGGGCUGCAGCCUCAGCAUAACACUCUGCUAUCAAGAUAUAACAGACUGUUGCCAUGAACUGUUGCUAGGUAAUGACCAAUCAGAACAAAUGCCAUUUUGUUUCCUCCUCCAAUUUUGCUUUUUUCCGACCUGGUAACUGAAACGCUGGUAAUUUGGGUGUGACGUCAUUUUCAGCUCCGACAUCUGACUUCUGAGGUAACUUGAACGCAGCAUAACUGCUUAACAUAUUUUUGUUAUGAAGAGUGAUAAAAACUUGUCAAGAUUCUUCUGGAACUUAAAUUCUGUCAGGUAGAAGAGGCAGCAUGUUGGUGCUGUAAUUUUUUUAGAGUACAUGACAAAAGUGGACACUCACCCUGCUUCAUGCGUAUCAUGUAAAGUAAGCACCAGCUUGUAAAAAGAGGGGUGAGACUGAUGGUAGACAGAGAAAGAAAGAGUCAAGAUACAUAUGUAGGGUCCUUUCACUGAAGGUCAACACUCUGCAAAAUGGGAAAUAAAACUCCAAAAAAAUGUGACAUUGAAAUUCACCAAAAAAAGCCUUGAAAUGCCAAGGAUGCUCCUUUUGACAGUAAACUAUGACUGUGUUUGCUUAAACUGACUGUAACUAAUUUUACACAUAAAAGUCAUAGUAUUAGUUUUUAUUAUUUGUGGUUAGCACCAAAACCAAACACAUUGUAAACAUAUUGUUAUUGAAUCCUGAUUCUGGUUUGUAAUCCAAACUUCUUCUUCCGUCUGUUUUUAGGACACUACCCGAGUCGCCCCCAGACUCCAGCUCAGAGCCGUACUCUCCUCAACAGGUGAAUGGUAAGUGAUACAUCUGUUUCUUGUCUCUGUGGGGAAAUAAUUCUUUAAAGAGCACAAAAUAUGCUUUUAUCUGUCGACCUCAUUUAAAACUGAGUCAGGAAAUCUCUGAGGUGUUCAAGCUGUGUGUGGAUCACCAUUUUCUCUGUGCUGAAGUCGAUAUCUGUUAAUCAUGAGUUCAUUUUUAUUGAACAGAUCACAAAGAGAAAGACAAUAGGCCUUGUGUGCAAACCAAUCAAUAUAUUGACUCUAGCUGGUUUCUGUCAUUUAUUAAUCAGGGAGUGUUUUUGAACACCCCAAAUGUUUUGAAGCUUUACAUACUAUUAUGACGUGCGUUCACAAACACUCACUUUACUGCAAGUUCACAUUAAAGAGAGGCCGGACAGCUUGUUCUUGCUGCUCGCACACCUGUGUUGUUUCAGAGAAAUAAAAAGCUGUGGAAUGAUGUUAUCAGAAACGCAUUCCUGCAGAUUGAAUCAAUAGAACAUUUAUUGUAUUUGGCCUCAAUAGGAUGAAAGAAGGAAAAAAUCAGUCUGAAUUACAGAGUUAACAUCUUAAUGAGGAGAAAUCUAGACAUUAUCCUUCUGUCUUCUAGAUCCUCACAUGAUCAGGACAAUGACACCAGAGAACAUGUGUCACAUGACUCCAACUCCACCACUCCCUCCCCAUGGGCACUAUCCCAGCAUGCAUCGAGACAUGUACCUGAAGCCUGAGCCUAUGAUAUCCCAGUAUCCCAUCGGUCCAGCCACAAGUGGUGGAGGAGACAUGCAGCAGACACAGAUGCUUCACCAGCUGCUGCAACAUCCUCAGGGACAGGAGUGAGUCAUGUUAAGCCUACAUUUACCCACAGCUAAACUUUAUUUAUAUGGUGCUCCCAAAAUGAAUCACAAAACAGUCAUGUGAAAGGAGUAUUUAUAAGUAUAGUUAAUGACUUUUUCCCAUUUCCCUCCCCACAGCAGCAUCCCUGUCCACCAGGCCAAGAAGAGGAAGCACUCAGACUCACCCAACAGCACCCUCAAUUCCCAAAUCCUCACAGGUAUCAUCAAACAAGAACCAGGUAGGCAGGCAUCUUUCUUCUCUUCCUCGCCUCCUCUACCUCACGUUCACCAGCUCUCACUUCUCCUCUAACUCUCACACAGAUAAAGACCUCAAAGAAUAGCUGCAAACAUUCUGAACUUUCCUCUAUUAAGCUUUAAGUGCUGAUAUUUUGUUUGUGGCAGGUUUGAUGCAAGAUGCCGAUAACUCCUACCUGGACCCGAACUAUCAGUGCAUCAAGUGGCAGCCUCACCAGCAGAACAAGUGGACGCAACUCUAUGACGCAAACUGCAAAGAGCUGUGGGUUGAAUUCGCUUUGGCAUAUCUGUUCGUUUUGCUGUCUUCUGCAGGGAGGUUAAGGCACUCUAAUCUCCAGAGAGCCAAAAAAGAAAAAAAAAAACUUAUAAUUGGUUGAGUGAAUAAUUCAAAGUGUACAGCAGGAGUGGCAGAAAAAUGGCAGGGCAGCAGAGGUCUACGAAUUCCUCAGAGGUGAGCUGUGUGGGGGAGUGAACAAGUACGUGGUUUCGGCUUAGAAAGACAACUUGAAGAGAGGGUAAAGGGAAAAAUCUGUGUAUAUCUACUUGUGCUUUUGCAAUGUCUAAAUAGAAAGAGUAAUAAAAAGGGAGGAAAGCUAAAACGAACUCAAAAGACCUUUAAGAUAUGUUAUCAAAACCACCUGGUCACUCAUUAUAACUUUUAGAGCACUACACCUAUGUAACACAGAUGACUUUUAGUACUUAAAACGAUGUUCAUAACAUUUUUCAGAAGAUCUUAAUUCCCAGUGUUGACGUCAUGACACAAAACUGUGAAGAGAAGAACCCUAACCCCCUUAUAGGAGUUCAAUUUCUCUCCUGGAUUUAAAAAAUAAACACGUUUUAUUUGUUUGUGCAUCUUUCUGUGGGUUGCCCUUUGUUAGUGUGUCUGAUAAAGAGUCUCCCCCUGGUGGUAAAAUAGCAAGACUUCCUUCUUUUUUUGCACAACAAAUGUACAACAAUUCCUGUUCAAACAAUUCACACUUUGUAAUGAUUUUUGCUGUCUUUAGUCCAACACCAACCUACCGGGUCGACGCAGACAAGGGCUUCAACUUCUCCCUGGCUGAUGACGCUUUUGUUUGCCAGAAGAAGAACCACUUCCAGGUCACAGUGUACGUCGGCAUGCUGGGAGAUCCCAAGUACAUAAAGACAAAUGAAGGUCUUCAGAAUAUUGACUGCUUCUAUCUUAAACUCAACGGAGUGAAGGUGAGUAAGAAACUGAAUAAGAAGUAUAUCAGCUUUUCAGACAGUCAACAGUGUUUUGUGUUAUUUCAUCUGUGUGUGUGUUUCUAGGUGGAGGCCAUGAAUCAGUCCAUCAGUGUGGAGCAGUCACAGUCCGACCGCAGCAAGAGGCCCUUCAAGCCAGUGCUGUAAGUCAUUUUAAAGGAAAUGUUCACAGUUUUUUCUGAUGUUAACGACUUCCUGCUUUUAUGGCUCACUCCAUCUUUACCCCUUUGACUAUGUAGGUAGAUCAAAAGUGAGGUUUGGUCAGCAUUUCAAAUAAGCUGACUGCCAUUGCUUGGCAUUAUGACAGCUCUUCAGAAACCAAUGGGUGAUGUCACUGAGACUAUGACCGUGUAUUGUGCAGUUUAUAGAUUUUAUUCUUCUAUCUUUAUUGUUAAAUACAAGCCCCACAAUAAUAAAUAAAGACAUUUUUUUUAUUACGUUUGUCUAUAUAAAUAAUGUCUUUGUGAUUUCAUGUCCCCUAGGGUCACCCUGCCUUCAGAGCAGGUCACUAAGGUGACAGUGGGGCGGCUCCACUUCAGUGAGACCACAGCAAACAAUAUGAGGAAGAAAGGCAAACCAAACCCAGACCAGAGGUGAGAGUUUUUCUAUCAUAUAUAAAAAUACAAUUUACUUUAAUGCAAACGAAGCUACAGUUGUGUUCAUCCUUUCAGGUAUUUUAUGCUGGUGGUGGCGCUGCACGCUCAGUCCCACAGUCAGAGCUACACUGUGGCUGCUCACGUGUCCGAGAGGAUCAUCGUCAGGGUAACGUCUGGCCAUGUCUGUCUGCCUCCUACAACAAUCAUAUCCCUGUGUGAAUGUUGCACCCCCAGUUUUGGUCCUCUGUUCAAAACUUUCUAAAUUCUGUAAAAAGAACAACAAAAAAAAGAAAAAACCCAAAUGCCAACAUCUUCUUGGCGUCUGUUUUUCUUUUUCUCUUUGUCUGUGACCUCUGCACUACUCCACCCACAAUCGAGCUAUACUCCAAGUUUAAACUAUAACUCAAACAUAAAGUUACAACUCAUGUGUCUUUAAAACAUUGACGUUUUAAUGGUUAAGACGUCAUUGCUUUCAGCUCUGUUUCAGUGGUUUUCUUUCUUAGAUGAGUCAGUGUGUGUUGGAGAAAUUAUUUUUCUGAAGAAUGAAAAAAUUUCCUCAACACAUAUUUUUGAAACUAAAAAUAAUAUUUAUUAUACAAUCACAAACAACCAUUCACUUGUUUCCACCAGUGCACUAACAGGAUACCAAAAUUAAGUUAAUAGUUUUUUUAAUUGAUUGAUUUAAAUAAAGGCUAAUUAAACUGUGUUGUGUUAAGUGGAUCGUUUAAUUUUCUUUCUUGUGUUUUGAGAUUUAUUCAACAUUUUUGAAAAUAUGGCAAUUUGCUUUUGUACCUUGCAUCUGUUCACUAUAUACAGUAUGUUGGCCCGACUAGUUUAUCUUGGAAUAAAAGAAUGGAAACAGGAGCUACAAACUGUCUAAAAACAGCAGAAUCUGUUUAAAGUUAACUCAAAAAAACAACAACAGUGCAACAAAGUGUGGCUGGAGUCAUGUCCACAGAUUUGUCCACAAGGCAGCUCAUAGCAGUAUGUCAGUCCUUCUAUCUUGCCCUCUGUGAGAAAGCAAAUAAGCAUAUUUUCCAAAAAUGUCAAAGGGACCUUUUAAUAAAUUGUUUGAUCAUGUUUGGUACAGUAUAUCUUACAGAAAUAUCUGAAUCCUCGGUGUCUGUGCACCUUCUUCUCCAUUUCUCUGUUACAGGCAUCAAAUCCCGGCCAGUUUGAAAGUGACAAUGAGGUGCUGUGGCAGCGGGGCCAACUGCCAGACUCAGUCUACCACCACGGGAGAGUCGGCAUCAACACAGACCGACCGGAUGAGGCUCUGGUAGUCCAUGGCAAUGUGAAGGUCAUGGGCUCCCUGGUUCACCCCUCGGAUAUCAGGGCCAAAGAAAAUGUCCAGGAGGUCAGAAUGACACCCAGUGUAUUUCUAUGUUGGACUGUGUGUGUGCUUUUGCAAGCGUGUUUCCAAACUGUCAGUGUGUGUCACUGUGUGCCUCAUGUGCCUGUCAUCAUGAAUCACGUCAUCCAAAGUGCUCACGCUCAGCACAGCUGACUGUGCACUUUCACUUUAAGUUUUGUCUCCUCGUUGUACUUAAGCCGAACAUUUCUUCUGCAACAUAGACAUUGUGUUUUCAUGUCAUCUGCAUGGAUGUCAUCCUGUCUGUGUGUAGGUCGACACCACAGACAAUUUGAAAAGGAUUUCUCAGAUGAGGCUGGUCCAUUAUCAAUACAAGCCUGAGUUUGCUGCCACCGUGGGCAUAGAGAACACUGCUGAGACUGGUAACCUCACAAAUAACCAUCUCCAUCAAACCAUGUCUUUGAUCACUGUGAAUCAUGUUUUAUGUCUUAAUGAGUUUUUUUUAUGUCUUUUGCUGUUUGUGCAUUUUUAUGCAAGUGUGUCUUGAAUCCAUGAACGCCAUAUUUCUGCAACCAUUUCUUAGCCAGCACUUCUUCUGUCCUCCUGUAGGAGUGAUUGCUCAAGAAGUUCAGCAAAUCUUACCCGAAGCAGUGAAGGAAGGGGGCGAUGUGGUGUGUGCCAAUGGAGAGACUAUUCCCAACCUGUUAGUUGUCAACAAGGUACUACACAAACAUGAGCACACAGCACAGACAGACAUCACUGAACAUACCAACAGCCUUCACUCUACUUUCAAAGGAUCGCAUCUUCAUGGAGAAUGUUGGAGCGGUGAAGGAGCUUUGUAAGCUUACAGACAACUUGGAGACCAGAAUAGAUGAACUGGAGCGUUGGAGCCGCAAACUGGCCAAGCUGCGUCGUCUGGACAGCAUGAAGAGCACAGUGAGUGGCGGCACCAUCAGGUGAGAGAAACUAGUAGAAAUGGAUUGAAAUUAGAGCUUCAGAGAAGAAACAUCUUGUGUGGUAAAAUCAUACCUUGUUUUUGCACCUUUAGCCAAUCAGGGAGCUAUUUUAGCAGAACAGGGAGCGGCCCACUUAAGAAGAAGACAGCCAAACCUGGAAGCAAGGUGUGUGGUCAUAAAGAUGCAUUUAUUUUAAAAUGUUAUUUUAAAAUGUUUGAUGAGUUAACAGUAAGAUGGACAACUAUAAAUCUGUUGAUUUGGAUUUUUGUCUUGUAGAAUUUGCUUCCAGAUCAAGGCUGCAUCAGCCAGAAGUUCAUGCAGGGAGCCAUCCUGGCGCUGGUUGUUGUCAUGGCCUUCAGGUUCGACUGAGCCAAAUGUGUUUGGGCAGGGGUGGGAGGGUAAAACGAAACAAUCAGCUUCAUCUGAGUCCAACAGCGACAUGAUGACGAUGUGUUUUUUUUUUCUCUCCUCUGUAGCGUCAUUUCCAUGUCAGUCCUGUAUGUGUUGACUCUUCAUCACAGAGGAGACGUCACAGAGAAGGAUGGGUAUGUACCCCGGAGGGAUCGACCCUUCAACUCUGUAGUGACAGAAAUCAAUUUACUUCUUCUAUAUGAAUGUCUUUCUUUGUGAUCUAUUCCUGUCCUCUGUAGCUACUUUCCUUCCUGUGUACUCUACAUCUCUUGGAUGCCCAUCUUCACCGCCACUGUCACUUUCUGUCCACCUGUCUGCCCAUGGUAGGCUUUGCACAGCUGCCUUUCCUGUUGCUUUUUCAGUCUUCAUUCUGCCCUUCAGUUCUUCUUUGAUUGCUUAGUGUUGGGUUGUGAGUUCCAUCAUGUAAAUCCAAAUAUCACUAGUCGUAGUGUGUCGUUGUUUAAGUAAAGCAUGCUCUUGGCCUUCUGUCCUGUUUUGUGCAGGUCUAGAGCUGCACUGGGGGCCUCACGCAAGAGUCAAUACACUCCAACGACCACCACCCCUCCUCCAGGUAAAUAGGGACUCUAACUAAGUGACUGACCAGCAAACUAAUUUCGUGGUUAUACAGAGCACACACACCAACAGGUUUGAUCUAAUCAUUUCCUCUCAAUCCUUCAGCUUGCUGCUCACCCACAGCCAUCAACAACCAAUCAGCAACAGUUUUGAUGCUGAGUAACAACCAGUCCACACCAGGUGAGAGAGAGAGUGAAAGAGAAAGAGAGAGAUUUUUUUUUUUUAAAAGAAGGUGAUGCAGGUUAAUUAUCUUCCUCUUCCAGAUAUAGGCAGUCUGGUUCCAACACCAAGCACCAUCAACAAGAAGGCCAAGUCCAGGCUCAUGGACAAAGAGGCCCGCAAUAGAAACCGUCUGAGCCACACCUCAGCACCUUUGUACUUUGCCAAGUCCAAAAGACCAGCACCUACAGACCUUGAUGGUGUGGGUACUGCCAACCGUCUACCCGUGGGUCAGCAGCCAGUUACACGCAGACAGCGUAGCCUGAACACAAAGGGUAAAUCCACAAGCCUAGACACUGUACUUUCUCUAUACAUACACUGUGCAGUAUGCAAACACAAUAAAGCCAUUUGUUUGACUGCAGCAAACAAAGCAUAUCUACUGUACAAUGGAAUUCUGUAGAUAUAGUCCUUAUAGAUGAGCUUUUCCCGCUUUCAGGAGCAAGGUCACUUCCUUCUUUGACUAGUCUACGAAUCGUGGAGACAAACCAAGAGAUCACAGCGCAGAGUUGUGCAACACCUGAGAGCUGCAGGUACAUUCCUAAUAAAACCACUGGUCUUGAGUUGACAUUGCAGAGAUUGAUGACAAAUGUAAAAGGUAUAAUUUAUAUUAAGUUAUUAAACUAAAAGGUAAUUUGUCGUGUAUGAGAGCAUUUGAAGCAUCUGAGCCACCAACAUGUUUUUGCCUUAUUUUGUCACUUUGCCUGUUGUGCUCUUAAGUCUCAGUUUAGGUCCUCAAGUCUGAUAUUAAUGUUUUUCUCUACUUCCUAUUCAGCUACACAGUAUCAUUUAAUGGAAAAAGAAAUUCCUCCACCUCACAGAUUACUUUUCACAUGAUGUGAGUAUACUCAUUUACAACUACAUAUUAGGAAUUUAAUAUAUGCAAGCAUAAUUUCCUUGAAUAUAAUGCUCAGUUAAACCAGUGGUGACCAUGUCAUACCUUCUAAUUUAAACCUUUUGUAUCAUGUUAAACUUUGCUGUGGUUGAAUGUUAACAUCAGCUGUGGUCUUAUCAUAGCAAAUCAGUUCUCAAAUAUGUUGUUUUAAGUUCAAAUUUGGACUUGUGUUCAUGUAUAUGUGCUUUUACUUUUGACUUUGCUGAAUUCUGAAACAUUGAAGUGAAAUAAUUUAGCAGAAAUCUUUUAAUUACAUGACUGACAAACUUGUAAAGCAUUAUAGCAUCAUUUGAGCUCCUCACUCAGCACCUAAAGUCUUUUAAAGGGUACAUACAUUACUCAAAAUUUUACCCCAAAAAAUUACUCAAGCAGCUUUUUAAGAAACUAUUUGGCAGUUGUUAAGAAAUAUAAGAGGGUGAAAGGCAUCCGUAAUUUAUUGCAGGUCCAAGAUCAGUGUGACGGUACGACAAUGCGGAGCCACAAAAGGGCGAUUAUGUCCCAACCACACAGAGAUAGAGCUCCAUGAUGGACAGAGUACAUCAACAAAGGUACAUCAUGAUGAACCUGAUAUAGAUCCAUCGCAUAAUCAAUACCCCUGCCUAUCUUGAUUCUUGAAACUAGCAUCUGUCACUUCUUCUUUCAACAUGCACACUUCUUCAUGUCCCCUCUACUGUUUAAUUAGGGGACUCAACAUCUGUGGUCCGUGUCCGUGCUGUCUUUCCAGGACAUCACCUACCACUUCCGUGUCUCCCUGUCUGUGAGUUAGACAGACAUUAAUGUUCCUUGCUGUCUGAUGCAGUUAUUUUGCACAUGGUCUGGAUAAAGUUUAUGGCUGAUUAAUUCUUUUUGUCUCCAUGUUUUUCAUUUACAGGAUACAGUGAGUUGUGCCACCAGUGGAGAAAAGUCAGCGUACUCUGACUACCAUUUUCUCAUUCAGAGCAGCUGUGUGUGAAAAAGAAGAGGGUGUCUUCAAGUGCCUUUACAUUUUUACAUUUUCCAAACUGGUUCCAUUUAUACGCUGUUGUGAUAGAAUUCAUUCUGUCUCAUUAUUGUACAUUAUUUUUAAAAAUAUACAUACAGAACCAAGUAUAUCAAGCCUCCCCCACUGUGACCCUAUCUACAUGUACAUGCAUUUAGACAUCUCUUUUGCGGUUAUCAUUUAUAUAUGAAACACUUCGUUUUUCUGUCACUGAAAAUGUUUUCCAUCACUUUAACUUUUUUGUGUCAUCCUUAACUUUUUUUGUGUAAGUUAUACUCUGAAUUCAAUACAUAUUUAAUUAUUGGUCAUUAUAUCAUUCAUACUUACUGUAAGACGUAAUUACUUCGCAGGAUUCAAGUUUUCUAGUGAAGUGCAAAUUCAGAUACUGGAGAAAACAUUUUGCAUACUUGUGCUUUUUCUUCCUUAUAAAUGAGUCUUAAAGCGCACUGAACCUAACUGAGAAACAAAACACUUCGUAGUAGUUUUUACACUGGAGGAGGAUAAUUGGCUUCUACUGAAGGCCCCAGUGAAUGGUCACUUCUCCUACUGCCUCAGUCCUGCACACUGGCAGAUCCUGAGCCUCUACAGUGGAGCAUUUUGUUGGACACUGCAUGAAGAGACUGUCUGCUGUCUCUUAGGGCUUUAUCCCUAUUGUUGCUCCACAAACGAAGGCAUACAUUUGAAGACCACUGCGUCUUUCUCAUUUUAGCUGAUUCACUGGAUUGCAUGCGUUAUGACUGGAAAUAAAUCACUGGACAAUAAUUUGAAACACUGAAAAAUGUACGCGUCUGAUGGUGAAACUGCAAGUCAAACACUGACAAUAUUUCAAGAAACACUGGAAUAGCUUACACUGUGUUUUACCAUCUGGAUGCUGGUUAGGCAUUAAAUAGUUUUUUGUCAUUCCAGGUACAUGUCUUAUCUUUUCUUUUAAAUGAUACAUCUCAGCUCUGAGGCAACUCAAAGGCUUCAUCACUGGAAAUUCAUUUUAAUGCCUUGAUUGCAAGUGACAAGAAAUGUAAAUCUUUGACAUACUGAUGGAUUUCAUACACUGGACAUAAUUUGCUCUGAAUAUAUCACUUUUUUCUGUGCCUAUACAAUUAAAAAUAUGCAGUGAUAACAAUUCCAAGAUAAGUGAUUUGUAAAAUGCUUUAUUUGCUUUGAGAUUUUCUUUUAUUUUCAAAGCAUUCUUAAGUAACUCUUACUGUAAUACUAAGUUUUUAAGUGUUUAAAUCCUUAUUCUUUGUUUGCAUUCAGAAUAAAAUGCAAUAGUGUGUCUCAAGUGUAAAAUCACUAUUGAAUAGGAAAAACAGCCAUCAGACAAACGUUUAUGGAGUUUAUCAUAAUAUGAAGAAACUGUACAAUGCUUUGACUUUUUAUGACUUCACUGGUUAGAGUGUACUAUUUUAGCUUAUUUAUAAUGCACCAGCUAGCAUAAUGAAACCACUGUAGCACUUUUUGCACUGUAUGUAUAAACUAUACUGGCUAUACUAUUGCUCUGUCCAGUGCACCAGAUGGUUUUCAUAUACUCUGGUAGAACUGCUUUAUGUAUAACUGUAUAGCUUCUUUUGUUACCAGUGCUCCUUUUUUUGUUUUGUGUUUUAUCUUACUGUUUUUAUAGUUGAUCCUUUUUUGUUGUUGGCUUGUGUAUCAUCCGUAAUAUAUUAACUUUUAUCAGGAAGAUGAUAAGCAUAUAAACACGCAGACACACACACAAACACAGACUAGUAAUUUUUGCCACAUUUGUUGAAAGUCAAAUGUCAUAACAUGAAAAAAUUAAUAUCACUACUUUUUAGCCAAUUUUAUUAUUACAUUUGUGAGGCAUUUUGUCAAAAAAAUAUGCUGUAAUACUUUGAAAGCAUGUAGUAAAUAAAUUUCUGAUUAAAUUUA